GGAGAGAGGAAUGAAGCGGAAUUGGACUGGGUCGAUCAGGUAGCUCAUUAAUAGAUAGAGCGUCCGUCUAGAGUUCGGAGGGCCUCGGCAUUUCUCUUUCUACUGUUACGAGCUCUUCAUUUCCGGUCACAAAGAGAGGGGCUACACAUUCGUGCACCUGAGAAUUACAGCUAUAAGGAAAUCCAGCGGAACAUUAAAUGAAAAAAAAUUCAAACAUGAGAGAACAUGUGGACAUUUGGAAAGUGUUUGUUCCAUACGAUAUCCUUAUGUCUCCCAAAGGUCAGCUUUGUGGGAGGCUUAACGAACAACUGAAACUUGUUUACAUAUCAGGGAUAUUGAAUGCAUCAAUAUCAACAAAUACUGAUACAAUUGGCCUAUGGGAUCCAUCAGAGACAUCUAGAAGUGAUCAUGACAACAGGAGGGAGUGUUUUGUUUACAUAAAAAAGUCGUUGACGGGGCAGUUAGAAUGUGACGUUAUAAUGAGUAAGUGUUCAGUUGUUUGUAGCUGCAUCAUCUACAAUCCAGAGGACCUUGUCAAGUCCUACUUCAUCACCUGUAGAGAUAUUAUUACAGAACGAGAAACAUCAAAGACAGGCAUCCUACAAACUGUGGUAAAUUACAUACAAGAAUUUCCACAGAACAGAAAGUCAGACUACAAAGAUAGCUGGAGCUUGCCGACCUUACUACUGCUCAGAGGUCUGAUUUGGAUGUUUGGACUAUUCCGCCUUGUCACGUUUACACUGGAUAACAGAAUUACCAGCCAUUAUGGCGUUGUGCGGCAGGUCCUUGACACACCAGCCUUGGCCCACCAACUGUCCAAUCGCUGUAAACAGAACGCGCUGGUGAUACAAAAGACAUCCACACCACUGCAACACCUCAGAUGUAUGGAUGCCCUCAGUCGUCAGGUGGUAGACACUGGACUCGGUGUUGCCAUGAUGUAUUUCCUGAUGCAGAGUAACAUCAGUGACACAGUUGCAGCAUCAGUAUCAUCCUGGGCAGAUCAAACAGCUGAUAACCUGUCCCUAUUGCUGGAGUGGUUGAUGGGGGUUCCUGCUGGCCUCAAGUUAAACAGUCAGCUCACACAAUACCUUGGUCACUUCUUUCUUUAUCACAUAUACCUAUGGAAAGGUUACCUGUACCUGUUGAAGCCUGUCCUCAGUGGGGUGCUGUGGUACUCGUUGUGUGUUGGUGUGAUUGGAGUGACAGCCCAGCUGUGUAUUCUACAGGACAUUGUCUCCAUGAUGACACUGCAUGUAUACUGCUUUUAUGUCUAUGCUGCAAGGCUUUAUCGUCUACAGGUGUACACAUUGUCUGCUCUGUGGAGAUUGUUCCGGGGUAAAAAAUGGAACACCCUGCGACAACGUGUUGAUUCCAGCUCCUUUGAUGUAGAUCAGCUGUUUGUUGGGACAUUGCUCUUCACCAUCCUCUUGUUUAUGCUGCCAACCACCGUGUUGUAUUACACAGUGUUCACCCUGUUGAGGUUGCUUACACUUAUGGUUCAUGGCUUAUUGACCAAUGUUGUCCACUUCCUCAAUCAUUUUCCCGUCCAUACAACCUGUUUGUGGCUCAUACAUCCUAAAAGUGUAACAGAUAACAUUGUGUUCAAUCCAUUGCCUUCAGACAAGAGGAAUGGUGACUGCAUAUUUUCCAUGCAGGUAACUCCUCCGUCCUUUUUCAAACUCCUGGACUUAAGUCAUCAGCUUUGUAGCAGGAAGAGAGAUGUUACUGAAAGUUGGGGAUCUUUUGUCUCCUCUUUGUUGAAGGGACACCUUGUGUGUCCUUGGAUAGACCUUAACGGCAUCAGCAGAGACAAAGUUAACUGAAGGGACACCUUGUGUUUGUCGAUCAACCUUAAUGGCAUCACCAAUAUCGAUAUCAGUGAUGUGGAAGUCAUUGUCGCUUGUGAGACAUUGAUGGCUUCAACACACCUGAUCUUUUGUCUCCUCUUUGUUGAAGGGACACCUUGUGUGUCCUUGGAUAGACCUUAAUGGCAUCAACAGAGAUAAAGUUAACUGAAAGGACACCUUGUGUGACCUUGGAUAGACCUUAACGGCAUCAACAGAGACAAAGUUAACUGAAGGGACACCUUGUGUGUCCUUGGAUAGACCUUAACAGCAUCAGCAGAGACAAAGUUAAUUGAAGGAACACCUUGUGUGUCCUUGGAUAGACCUUAACGGCAUCAGCAGAGACAAAGUUAACUGAAGGGACACCUUGUGUUUGUCGAUCAACCUUAAUGGCAUCACCAAUAUCGAUAUCAGUGAUGUGGAAGUCAUUGUCGCUUGUGAGACAUUGAUGGCUUCAACACACCUGACAGUGGAUUUAUACCAAAACUUUUUCCUUAAAAGAAAUUACAGAACUGUAAUAAAAUAAUAUGAAAAG